GUUUUUAAAGGCUCCCUGAGGAGGCCCCUCAGCUCCAAGCUCACCACCUGCUGCUCCCGGACACCUGUGACCAUGUGGUUCCAGAUCCUGUUCCUCGCCCUGUCCCUAGGAGGGAUUGACGCUGCACCUCCCGUCCAGUCUCGGAUUGUUGGAGGAUUUAACUGUGAGAGGAAUUCCCAGCCCUGGCAUGCGGCUGUGUACCGCUUCACCAAAUAUCAAUGCGGGGGCAUCCUGAUACACCCCAGCUGGGUCCUCACGGCUGCCCACUGCCGUAACGACAAGUACCAGGUUUGGCUUGGCAAAAACAACCUAUUUGAGGACGAACCCUCUGCUCAGCACCGGCUUGUCAGCAAAAGCUUCCCUCACCCUGACUUCAACAUGAGCCUCUUGAGGAACCACACCCGCCAUCCUGAGGACGACUACAGCAAUGACCUGAUGCUGCUCCGCCUCAGCCAGCCUGCUGAGAUCUCGGACGCUGUCAAGGUCAUCGACCUGCCCACCGAGGAACCCACGGUGGGGAGCACCUGCCUCGCCUCAGGCUGGGGCAGCACUGAACCCAUUGACUUCAAAUACCCGGAUGAUCUCCAGUGUGUGAACCUCAAGCUCCUGUCUAAUGAGGAGUGCGCCAAAGCCCACAUAGAGAAGGUGACAGAUAGCAUGCUGUGUGCAGGAGAGAUGGACGGAGGCAAAGACACUUGCGCGGGUGACUCAGGAGGCCCACUGAUCUGUGAUGGUGUUCUCCAAGGGGUCACAUCGUGGGGCCCCACCCCAUGCGCCGAACCCAAUGUGCCAGGCAUCUACACCAGACUUAUGAACUUCAAGGCCUGGAUAAAAGAAAUUAUAGAGGAAAACUCCUGAGUGUCACAUUGUGCCCUGCUCUCAAUAAAACCCACCAUGCAGCAAAUGA